UUAAUAUUAAAAAAAAAAAGCUCCUAGGCGGCAAGGCCCACAAAUUACAACCAGGCUUAGGCGAUUCACAGACGAAGAGGAACAAAAAUUUCCGAAACGCUCGUAGAUACAAAAAUUGGUUUCCCUCCUUGAUCAAGUUACUUUUCUUAACGGUAAAAUUUCUCUAUCGUUCAUAUCUUUCAUCAACCUCUUGCCUCUUAGAUUUCCGGAGAUAGAAUUUUCUUUCCGUUUCUUUAUGUUUUGAAUUGAUAUCGAGAUUAGGGUUCCGCCACUUCUUCACCAAGUCGGGGUUUCAGCUUUCAAGCUCCGAAUUUUGUUGAAUUUUAGGGUUUUCUCGUGGCUUCAGAUGGGUUUGAUUGGUUUUUCCAAGCUACUUACCCUCUAAUGGAAUUAGGGUUUUACGAAGUUUUAAACUGUCUAUUUCAAGAGUGAUUGCAUAUUGUUAGAAAAUCCAGCUCUUCGUUCAGUUGUCCGAAUCUGGGAGUACAGAGGCCUAAUCGAUUUGGAGUUUUGGAUCUUUGCUGGAAUUCGGUGGCUUCCUUGAGAGACUGUGGAUGUUAGCCUGCUAGGUAAGAAUGUCCAUGAACAGUAAUAACGUAACGAAGAAUGUCGGGGGUGCUCCUUCCCCAUUUGGUAAUUCUGGGAUGGUUUCGCCAUCAAUGUCGAUGAAUCAAAUAGCCCAGCUUCACUCUCAGUCACAAGGUCAAACACAAGCGGGGUCACACUUCCAAGGACAGUUCCAGUCUUCACUCCAGUCCCAAGCCCAAGUCUUGGCGCAGGCUCAAGUCCAAGCUUUUGCCCAGGUGCAGUCUGCAACUCAAGCACAAGCACAAGCACAAGCACAAGCACAAGCACAAGCACAAGCUCAAGCUCAAGCUCAAGCAGCUCGUGCCCAAUUUCAAGCCCAAUUACAAGCUCAAGCACAGUCCCUUACUCAGACCCAAACCAGUGGAAUUGGGCACAUGGGUGCCUCGUCUCCCUCCUUCUCCACACCUGGCACAGCAAAUGCGAAGCGGGUUAUGCAAAAGCCUCCAGCGCGUCCUCCUGGCCCUGCUACCGUUAAUACAGUUUCCCCAUUCAAAACCAUGGAGCUAACCCCUGCUGCUCGUAGGAAAAAGCGGAAGCUUCCUGAGAAACAGAUUCCUGAUCACGUGGCAACCCUUCUCCCUGAAUCUGCUCUAUACACCCAGCUACUUGAGUUUGAGGCAAGGGUUGAUGCUGCUCUCGCAAGAAAGAAGGUUGAUAUCCAGGAAUCUCUUAAAAACCCUCCGUGUAUUCAGAAGACUCUUCGGAUUUAUGUUUUCAGCACUUUUGCCAAUCAGACCCGCACAAUCCCUGAUAAGCAAAACCCUGAGCCACCUUCUUGGUCGCUUAAGAUAAUUGGGAGGAUAUUGGAAGACGGGGUUGAUCCAGACCCUUCCGGUAUGAUUCAUAAACCAAGCUCAUCGCACCCUAAGUUAUCUUCCUUUUUCAAGAGAAUCACCAUCAACUUGGACCCAAGCCUCUAUCCAGAAAACCCCACUAUUAUAUGGGAGAGUGCUCGAUCGCCUGCACCACAUGAGGGCUUUGAGGUGAGACGAAUAGGUGAUAAGGAAUUUACUGUGAAUAUACGCCUGGAAAUGAAUAAUGUGCCUGAGAAAUUUAAGCUUUCACCUCCUCUGAUGGAACUUCUGGGCAUUGAGGUUGAUACACGCCCGAGAAUUAUAGCUGCAAUUUGGCAUUAUGUGAAGGCUAGAAAACUGCAGAAUCCAAACGACCCUUCUCUCUUUGCCUGUGAUCCACCUCUUCGAAAAGUUUUUGGGGAGGAGAAGAUGAAAUUUGCCAUGGUUUCACAGAAAAUAUCACAGCAUCUUGCUUCCCCUCGGCCUAUUCAUCUUGAACAUAAGAUCAAGCUAUCUGGUCCCAACCCAACUGGUAGUGCUUGCUAUGAUGUAUUGGUUGAUCUUCCGUUUCCGUUGCAGAAAGAGAUGUCUGCUUUCUUGGCCAACAUAGAGAAGCACAAAGAGAUUGAUGCCUGUGAUGAAGCUAUUUGUACUGCUAUUAAGAAGAUCCAUGAGCAUCGUAGGAGGCGAGCAUUCUUUCUUGGGUUCAGUCAAUCUCCUGUGGAGUUUAUUAAUGCUUUAAUUGCUUCACAAAGCAGAGACUUGAAGCUUGUUGCAGGGGAAGCUAGUCAUAAUGCUGAAAAGGAGCGUCGAUCAGACUUCUACAACCAAUCAUGGGUUGAAGAUGCUGUUAUUCGUUAUCUGAACCGGAAGCCAGCUGCUGGAAGUGAUGCUCCUGGAAGCACAUGAGUUGGUAGUGAUUAAUUGCAAAUGAGGAUUACUGCUUGUGAUGAAUUUCUAACCACUGAUUCUUUUCCUUCUAUUGUGGGCAAGAUGGUUACUGCUUUAUCAUGUUUGUGAGGGAGUGUUGGAUAUUUGUUGGAAAAGUAAAUCAUAUUAUGUUUAAUAUUCAAA